AGAACUCGGUGGACCUUCAGGAACAUUGGGCAGCUCUGCCUCCCGACCAAUGCCUCUGUCCCUGGGAGCCGGGAUGUGGGGUCCUGAGGCCUGGCUGCUGCUGCUGCUCCUGGCGUCGUUUACAGGUCAGUGCCUUGCUGGUGAGCUGGAGACCGCGGACCUGGUGACCGUGGUGCUGGGCCAGGAUGCCAAGCUGCCCUGCUUCUACCGAGGGGAUCCGGGCGAGCAGGUGGAGCAGGUGGCAUGGGCUCGCGUGGAUGCGGGCGAGGGUGGCCGGGAACUGGCACUGCUGAACUCCAAAUACGGGCUGCACGUGAGCUCAGCCUACGAGGGCCGCGUGGAGCAGCCGCCGCCCCCACGGAACCCCCUGGAUGGCGCGCUAUUGCUGCGCAAUGCGGUGCAGGCUGACGAGGGCGAGUACGAGUGUCGCGUCAGCACCUUCCCUGCCGGAAGCUUCCAGGCGCGGCUGCGGCUCCGCGUUCUGGUGCCUCCCUUGCCCUCGCUGAAUCCUGGUCCGGCACUGGAAGAGGGCCAGGGCCUGACCCUGGCAGCCUCCUGCACGGCAGAGGGCAGCCCGGCCCCUAGCGUCACCUGGGACACAGAGGUCAAGGGCACGACAUCCCACCGCUCCUUCACACACUCCCGCUCAGCGGCCGUCACUUCAGAAUUCCAUCUGGUGCCCAGCCGCAGCAUGAAUGGACAGCCACUUACCUGUGUGGUGUCCCACCCUGGCCUGCUCCAGGACCAACGGAUCACCCACAUCCUCCAAGUGGCCUUCCUUGCGGAAGCCUCUGUGAGGGGCCUUGAAGACCGAAAGCUGUGGCAGGUCGGCAGAGAAGGGGCUGAGCUCAAGUGCCUAAGUGAAGGGCAGCCCCCUCCCUCGUACAACUGGACGCGGCUGGACGGGCCCCUGCCCAGUGGGGUACGAGCAGAAGGAGACACCCUGGGCUUCCCCACGCUGACCACUGACCACAGCGGCACAUACGUCUGCCAUGUCAGCAAUGAGCUCUCCUCGAGGGAUGCUCAGGUGGUGGUGGAUGUUCUUGGCCCUGCGGAUGCCCCGGGGAAGCAGGUGGACGUGGUGUCGGCCUCCGUGGUGGUGGUGGGUGUGAUCGCCGCGCUCCUGUUCUGCCUUCUGGUGGCGGUGGUGGUGCUCAUGUCCCGAUACCAUCGGCGCAAGGCCCAGCAGAUGACCCAGAAAUAUGAGGAGGAGCUGACCCUGACCAGGGAGAACUCCAUCCGGAGGCUGCAUUCCCAUCACUCGGACCCCAGAAACCAGCCGGAGGAGAGUGUAGGGCUGAGAGCCGAGGGCCACCCCGAUAGUCUCAAGGACAACAGUAGCUGCUCUGUGAUGAGUGAAGAGCCGGAGGGCCGCAGUUACUCCACACUGACCACAGUGAGGGAGAUUGAAACGCAGACUGAGCUGCUGUCUCCAGGCUCUGGGCGGGCAGAGGAGGAGGAAGAUCGGGAUGAAGGCAUCAAGCAGGCCAUGAACCAUUUUGUUCAGGAGAACGGGACCCUGCGGGCCAAGCCCACGGGCAAUGGCAUCUACAUCAACGGGCGGGGGCAUCUGGUCUGACCCAGGCUUGCCUCCGUCCCCUAAGCCUGGCUCCCUCUGCUGACAGGGAAGCCUUCAGCUCAUCCCCAGGGGGGCCUCCCUACACACUCUUUUCUUGAGGAAGAUGCUCCCCACCCCACUGACUGCUUGAUCUCCGGUCCUUCCCGUCCUUCCGUUGGAUACCGGAAGGGCUCUGCUGGUUGAGUCCCUCCAACAGUGUGUGCAUGUGUGCUUGUUUGAGUGUGUGCUGUGUGUGCGUGCAGGGGUGGACUGUGCCCGUGGCGUGCGUCACGCUGUCACAGGUGAACUGUGGUGUGUGUGUGAGGCGGUUCGGCGGCAACACGGCGGGGAGGUCACGGGGAUGGGCUUGUGUACCUGCAGCUGUGGGACCUUUGCCUGUAAAACGCAGGUGUUUUCC